AUGAGCGAGCUUAGCGAAGGAGGCACGGACGAAGACCGCGAGCAAGGAGACAUGCUGCUUGAAGGCCGCGACCGUCUGGCGGAGCUGCGAGAAAGACGUCGUGACCUGGAGAAUGGUAGUGGGCAGCGGGGCAUGAGCAGCGGUGAAUCUGAGAGGUUGCAGCAGGAGACACAAGCCGCUGCCUUUGAUCUGGCCCACGAAGCCAUGAGUGCAGAAGCCGUAAAGGCGUUUGUGAAGCUAAAGCGAGCCGAGUAUGCAGCUAAGCAUGCUCCGUUGGUGGCGCCGACGGGUGCCGGCAUGGUGAUGCGGCCACCUGAAAAACGAGGCAGGGCGUGCCGGCCCGAGCGCUUCGCAGAUCUGGUAGCAGAUAGCUACGACUCUUCAAGUGCAGAAGACAGCGAGUUUGCGUCGGAAGUUUCUGGAGAACGCUCUGACCCGGACACAGACGCUGCUAGGCAGUUUUUUGGGCUAAGCGACUCGACCGACGAAGCUUCGGACGCUGAAGAGUCCACUGCGGAUGAGAUUCACGAGGAAGGCACACGGACGCCUGACGCCUGCAGCCCCUCGGACAGGGUCAGCAGCCCCCAGCACAAGGACAACAAGUGCCCCAACAGCAAGGACAAGAUCCCCAGCAGCAACAGCAAGCUUCCCAACAGCAAGGGCAAGCUGCACCGCGGCAGGAGCAGCAGCCGCAUGGCCAAGGACGCAAUGUUGCUCGACAACCAGCGGUGA